AUGUCGUCGAUCCAAAUCCCAAGUCGGCAGCUUUUCAUCGACGGCCAGUGGCGUCAGCCCGUCACCGGAAAACGCAUUCCGGUCAUCAACCCCGCCACCGAAGAGAUUUUAGGAGAUAUUCCUGCAGCCACCUCAGCAGAUGUGGAUAUAGCUGUUGAAGCUGCCCGAAAAGCGUUUUUCCGAAAUGGGGGCAAGGAUUGGGCAUCGGCUAGUGGGGCCCACCGAGCUAAAUAUUUACGAGCCAUUGCUGCAAAGAUCACUGAGAGGAAAACAGAACUAUCGAAACUUGAAGCACUUGAUUGUGGGAAGCCAUUGGAAGAAGCAGCUUGGGAUAUAGAUGAUGUUGCUGGAUGUUUCGAAUAUUAUGCCGACAUUGCUGAAGGCUUGGAUUCGAAGCAGAAGGCCCCAGUUUCUUUACCAAUGGAAACAUUCAAAUGUCAUGUUCUGAAAGAACCUCUAGGGGUGGUUGGUUUAAUUACACCAUGGAAUUAUCCGCUGCUAAUGGCAACAUGGAAAGUUGCCCCAGCCCUUGCAGCUGGAUGUUGCGCAAUACUUAAACCCUCUGAAUUAGCAUCUGUCACUUGUUUGGAGUUGGCCGAUGUGUGUAUAGAGAUCGGUCUUCCUAAUGGUGUUCUUAACAUUUUAACGGGUUUCGGUCCAGAAGCUGGUGCUCCUUUGGCUUCUCAUCCUCAUGUCGACAAGAUAGCAUUCACUGGGAGUAGUGCUACAGGAAGCAAGAUUAUGACUGCUGCAGCUCAGAUUGUGAAACCCGUUACACUCGAGCUCGGUGGAAAAAGUCCUAUUGUUGUGUUUGAGGAUGUUGAUCUUGAUAAAGCGGCCGAGUGGACUCUAUUUGGUUGCUUUUGGACAAAUGGUCAGAUAUGCAGUGCAACUUCUCGACUCUUGGUGCACGAAAGCAUUGCUCCCUCAUUCUUGGAGAAGCUUGUGAAAUGGUGUGAAAAUAUUAAAAUAUCAGAUCCACUCGAGGAAGGCUGCAGGCUCGGCCCAGUUGUUAGUAGUGGACAGUAUGAGAAAGUGAUGGGAUUCAUCUCAACAGCUAAGAAGGAAGGUGCCACAAUCUUGCACGGCGGUGCAAGACCUCAGCAUCUAAAGAAAGGGUUCUUUAUUCAACCGACAAUAAUAACAGACGUGAAGACCUCCAUGCAAAUCUGGCGAGAAGAAGUAUUCGGACCUGUUUUAUGUGUUAAGACAUUUGCAACUGAAGAGGAAGCUAUUGAACUGGCAAAUGACACCCAUUACGGUUUGGGUUCUGCUGUAUUAUCCCAAGAUUUGGAAAGGUGCGAACGGAUGACUAAGGCAUUUCAAGCUGGCAUUGUCUGGGUCAACUGCUCACAGCCAUGCUUCUCGCAAGCUCCGUGGGGUGGUCGAAAGCGUAGUGGUUUUGGUCGUGAACUUGGCGAAUGGGGACUUGACAACUACUUGAACAUAAAACAAGUAACACAAUAUGUCUCUGACGAUGCCUGGGGUUGGUACAAGUCUCCUUCGAAGCUGUGA